AAGAGUCAUAAACCUUGAAAAAAAAAAAAAACAGAGGCAGAGGGUUGUUUGCCCUGCUCUUAAUCUCAUCUAUAUCAGUACUCCGCCUCCACCCUUCCGCCCCAAUACACACACAAAAAAAGACCCAGCAAAAAGCUCUCAAAGAAGAAGAAGAAUCAAAUGGAGGAGGUGUGCGAGGGAAAGGACUUCUCCUUCCCUUCCCAAGAGGAGCACAUACUAUCUUACUGGUCCCAAAUAGAUGCCUUCAAGGGUCAGCUGGCUCGCACCCAAAACUUGCCUGAAUACAUCUUUUAUGACGGUCCACCCUUCGCCACCGGUCUCCCUCAUUAUGGCCACAUCCUCGCUGGCACCAUUAAAGAUAUUGUCACUCGCUUCCAGUCUAUGACUGGACAUCAUGUCACCCGCCGUUUUGGUUGGGACUGCCAUGGUCUCCCCGUAGAGAACGAAAUCGACCGCAAGCUCGGAAUUAAGCGCCGCGAUCAAAUUCUCGAGAUGGGUAUCGAUAAGUACAAUGAGGAAUGCAGGAGUAUAGUCACUAGGUAUGUCGAGGAGUGGGAGACUAUCAUUACCAGGACUGGGCGUUGGAUCGAUUUCAAAAAUGAUUAUAAGACCAUGGACUUGAAGUUUAUGGAGUCCGUGUGGUGGGUUUUUGCCCAGCUUUACCAAAAGGGACUUAUCUAUAAAGGAUUUAAGGUCAUGCCUUAUAGUACUGGGUGCAAGACCCCGUUAUCUAAUUUUGAAGCUGGUGAGAACUACAAGCUUGUGCCUGAUCCUGAAAUAAUGGUGGCUUUCCCCAUAGUUGGUGAUCCAGAUAACGCUGCUUUCGUGGCUUGGACAACAACACCAUGGACCCUUCCUAGUAAUCUUGCACUUUGUGUCAACGCAAAUUUUGUCUAUGUAAAGGUUCGCAAUAAGUACUCUGGAAAAAUCUAUGUGGUUGCUGAGUCAAGGUUGUCUGAACUUCCAACUGAGAAACCAAAGCCAAAUGCUGCUAAUGGGCCUUCUGGUGAUUCCAAGAAAUCUAAGAGCAAAGGAUCUUCUGGUGAAAAGACUAAAGAUUCUGCAGCAGAUUCCUUUGAAGUUUUAGAAAAAUUUUCUGGGGCUUCACUAGUGGGGAAAAAGUAUGAACCAUUGUUCAACUACUUCUUGGAGUUCUCGGAUGCCGCUUUUAGGGUGAUUGCUGACAAUUAUGUGACAGAUGACAGUGGUACUGGAAUUGUACACUGUGCUCCUGCAUUUGGUGAAGACGAUUACCGAGUUUGCAUUGGGAAUCAAAUAAUCAAUAAGGGUGAGAAUCUGAUUGUAGCAGUUGAUGAUGAUGGUUGCUUUACUGGGAAAAUUACUGAUUUUAGUGGAUGCUAUGUUAAGGAUGCUGAUAAGGAUAUUAUUGAAGCAUUGAAGGCAAAAGGCAGGCUUGUUAAGCAGGGAACCUUUACACAUUCUUAUCCGUUUUGUUGGAGAUCUGAUACUCCUCUUAUUUAUAGAGCUGUUCCAAGCUGGUUUGUGCGGGUGGAACAACUGAAAGAGCAAUUAUUAGAUAACAACAAACAGACCUACUGGGUACCUGAUUAUGUGAAGGAUAAACGUUUUCACAAUUGGCUGGAAAAUGCAAGAGACUGGGCUAUUAGUCGAAGUAGAUUUUGGGGCACUCCCAUUCCUGUGUGGAUUAGUGAAGAUGGUGAGGAAGUAAUAGUCAUGGAUUCUGUUGAAAAACUCGAAAGGCUUUCUGGUGCUAAGGUCUUUGAUCUCCAUCGGCACAAUAUUGAUCAUAUCACUGUACCUUCUAGCCGUGGUCCAGAAUUUGGUGUGCUACGACGUAUAGAUGAUGUAUUUGAUUGUUGGUUUGAGAGUGGAUCAAUGCCUUAUGCUUACAUCCAUUAUCCAUUUGAGAAUGUUGAACUUUUUGAGAAAAAUUUUCCCGGGCAUUUUGUGGCUGAGGGAUUAGAUCAAACUCGUGGAUGGUUUUACACUCUUAUGGUGUUGUCAACUGCAUUAUUUGGGAAACCUGCAUUUAGAAAUCUCAUUUGCAAUGGGCUUGUCCUUGCUGAAGAUGGAAAGAAGAUGAGUAAAAGAUUGAAAAAUUAUCCUUCACCCAUGGAAGUCAUUAAUGACUAUGGGGCUGAUGCUUUACGUUUGUACCUUAUAAACUCCCCAGUUGUUCGGGCUGAGACCUUACGCUUUAAAAAAGAUGGAGUCUUUGGUGUUGUCAAAGAUGUCUUUCUCCCAUGGUAUAAUGCGUAUAGGUUCCUUGUUCAGAAUGCUAAAAGACUCGAGUAUGAGGGUUCUGCCCCAUUUGUUCCUAUUGCUGUCGCUGUUAUUCAGAAGUCAUCUAAUGUGCUUGACCAAUGGAUAAACUCUGCAACUCAAAGUCUUGUUCAUUUUGUUCGAGAGGAAAUGGAUGCAUAUCGACUUUAUACGGUGGUGCCAUAUCUAUUGAAGUUUCUUGACAACCUCACAAAUAUAUAUGUGAGAUUCAACCGUAAGAGACUUAAAGGCCGUACUGGAGAGGAAGACUGCCGUAUGGCACUCUCUACUCUUUAUAAUGUGCUUCUGACUUCAUGUAAGGUUAUGGCCCCCUUUACACCAUUCUUCACUGAGGUUCUUUAUCAAAACAUGCGAAAAAUCUGUGAUGGAGCAGAGGAAAGCAUCCAUUAUUGUAGUUUCCCUCAAGAAGAAGGAAAGAGGGGGGAGCGAAUUGAAGAAAGUGUGGCUAGAAUGAUGAAGAUAAUUGACCUUGCCCGCAACAUUCGCGAGCGUCACAACAAGCCUCUCAAAACACCUCUGAGGGAGAUGGUAGUUGUUCAUCCGGAUGAGGACUUUCUUGGUGACAUAGUUGGCAAAUUAAGAGAGUAUGUACUGGAGGAGCUCAAUAUAAGGUCUCUUGUUACAUGUAAAGACACUUUGAAGUAUGCAUCCAUUCGUGCAGAGCCUGAUUUUAGCGUAUUAGGUAAGCGACUAGGAAAAGCUAUGGGAGCUGUUGCCAAGGAAAUCAAAGCCAUGUCUCAGGAAGAUAUCUUAGCUCUUACGAAAGCUGGAGAGGUGACUAUUGCUACACACUGUUUGAAGCUGACUGAAAUUAAGCUUGUGCGGGAAUUUAAACAUCCUGAUGGCAUGACAGAUAAAGAGAUGGAUGCAGCUGGAGAUGGUGAUGUUUUGGUGGUUUUGGAUAUACGUCCUGAUGAGUCAUUGUUUGAAGCUGGUGUUGCACGUGAGGUGGUUAAUAGAAUUCAAAAAUCACGAAAGAAAGCUGGCCUUGAGCCGACAGAUAUGGUGGAGGUCUACUUUGAGUCAUUGGAUGAAGACAAGUCAGUCAUCCAGCAAGUUUUAAACUCACAGGAAAACUACAUUAAGGAUGCAAUUGGAUCUCCAUUGCUUUCCUUUGACAUUAUGCCGCUCCAUGCAGUGGUGCUUAGCGAAGAGAUUUUCCAUGGCAUCUAUAACAUGUCAUUUAAAAUAAGCUUGGUCAGACCAGCCCUUGUUUUCAAGGCAAAUUCUAUUCUCGCCUUAUAUGCAGGAAAUUCUAAAUUUGCACAAGGCCUGCAGAUUUACCUUCUGUCAAGGGACCAUUCCUGUUUGAAGUCGGAGUUUCAGCUUGGACGUGGCAAGAUAAAGGUUGAUUGCAUUGAGAACUUGGCCGCAGUGGAAGUGAAGCUGGGAGAACAUGUCUUCUUGACAGUGGGUGAUUACUAUUUGACAGAACGGAAGAGCCAUUGAUUAUAUGUUUUAAUAAUCUGUGCCUCCGACUGAGCACAGAGGAUAAAAUCCAAUUUACAGAAAAUCAAAGAGUCAAGAGCUGGACAGAUAUGAUACUUACAGAUGAGAUAGUUAAGAGAGGAAAAUGUUUCAUAUUUUAAAAAAACUAGCAAUCUUUUUGGCAUCUAACUGUUGUGAAGAAAUCUAGAUUCAGUUUUCUAUUUAUAGCCAUUUGGGAGUAUGGUUGCUCAAUUCUGUAGAAAAAUUUUGUUACAAUUAUCAUUAUGUUUACGGUUUGUUUGUGUGA